AUGUUUUUUAGUGAAACAAAUACUGUACAAAAUCUUGGUUCUGCUACACAUUUAAAUCAAUCUAAUAUGAAUAAUACAUCGUCCACAGUCCAAAAUACAGUCAAUAAUCAUAGUGAUUGUGUUCAAUCAAAUGGAAGUGGACAAAUAAAACAACAAAUCACAAGACAAAAGGAAACUUCUAAGCCCAAAAAGGCUGCGGCUUCUAAGUUGGACACGUCAUUAACAAGGCCUAGGAGAGCAUGUGUUAUUGACAGAGCUGGGAGAAUAAAAACUGGUUUAUGUAAACUAGGAAAACACAUAGAGGGCAGAGAUGGGAGUUGGAAGAUUAUACUAACUAAUACUUCAUUACCAAUGUUUCAAUGUCCAAUUUGUGAUACGUUUCUAAUAAGUCCAGAGUCUCGCAAGACACAUGAAGUUGAAAAGCAUUAUAUGCUGCUUGAGUCUAUACAAAAAUAUGUGGAUAUGGUAUCUAACCCAGAAAAUACUGCUUGUACUCAACAGGUAUCCAUUUUGAAUUAUUUGAAAAUUUGCGAAACAUCAAAAUAUAAUACAACAGUAGUCGAAACAUUGGCCAAAAGUACACAUUUGUUGAAAUCAUUUAAGUUUUUGGGACCUAAGAUUAUUGAGUUGAAAUAUGAAACUAAUUUUAUUUUUGCUUUAUGGGCUCACAUGUACACCAACCAUCUAUAUCUAAAAUGUGAAUCUGAAAAAAAUUCACCUUAUUUUUAUUGCUUUGUGUGCAAUCGCUCAUUAACUAAACGUGCAAAACCGCUCAAGCAUUUAGAGGCUUGUAUAAACAAACAAAUGGAAUUACCAGUUACCAUUGUCCCACCCCCACCUAAGAGACUUCUUUGUGUAUUUUGUGAUGAAACUUUUGAUUCAUUGAUAGAAUUUGAAAAACAUAUUUGGUCUCAUGCAAAAAAGUAG